GAAGAAGAACAUAAAAAACAAAGGCAAAGAGAGUAAGAGAAGAUGGAGAAACAGUUGCAUGAAACCGUGGAGACUGCUCACGUUGAACGAGGCAUCCAAGAGUCGUCACCCGAGAAAAAGAAAGAAAAAUCCCAUAAACAUAGAGGAAUAUUCCACCUCCACCAUCACUCAAAAGAUGAGAAGGAGGACGAUAAGAAGAAAGAGGGAUCAAAGAGAGAGAAGAUAGCUGCAGCGAUGGUUGGUAUUGGAGCCACCCUCAAGAAGAUUAAGCCUAAGGGCCACCAUGGAGGCGGUGGAAACGAGGAAGAAGGAGGAGGAGAGGGGGAAGAAGAAGAAGAACAAGAGGAGGAAGAAGAAGAAGAAGGAGAUGAUGGUGGGGAUGAAGAAGGGGGAGGCAAGUUUAGUGCUUUCAUUUCCAUGAUCGCUGAAGCAUUUGAAGAAUAA